UUCAAGAUGGCGUUGAAGGAGGCAGUCCAUAAUCAAUUGAUGAAUGAAGUCAUCAAGACUGUAAAGAAAGAAGGAGAAUGGAAAGUUCUGGUUUUGGAUUCACUCAGCACACGCAUGGUGUCAUCAUGCUGCAAGAUGACAGAGGUUAUGUCAGAAGGGAUUACAUUGGUGGAGGAUCUGCACAAGAGGCGAGAGCCACUUCCUCUGGAAGCUGUUUACCUCAUAACACCCACAGAAAAGUCGGUGCGAGCUUUAAUGAAUGAAUUUCCAGGAACUAAGAAUCAGUACAAAUGUGCUCAUGUUUUUUUUACUGAAGCUUGUCCAGAUGAGGUUUUUAAUGAGCUGAGUAAAUCACCUUGUGCAAAGUUCAUAAAAUCUCUGAGGGAGAUUAACAUUGCAUUUUUACCAUAUGAAUCACAGGUGUUUUCUCUUGAUUCUGCGGAGAGUUUCCCAUUUUUCUACAACCCAAUCUUGAAGCAGGCAGGUCGUACUUUAAAUUUGGAGAGGUGUGCAGAACAGAUUGCCACUCUGUGCGCCACACUUGGCGAGUACCCCUCUGUUAGAUACAGGAGUGAGUUUGACAAGAAUGCUGAAUUUGCUCAAAUGGUACAACAGAAGCUAGAUGCGUACAGGGCAGAUGACCACACCAUGGGAGAGGGACCACAGAAGGAUCGGUCACAGCUGUUGAUCCUGGACCGAGGAUUUGAUCCCAUCACUCCACUCCUUCAUGCCCUAACAUUUCAAGCUAUGGCCUAUGAUCUGUUGCCCAUCGCCAAUGAUGUUUACAAGUAUGUGAGUACAAGUGGAAAUGACAUGAGUGACAAGGAAUCACUUCUACACGAGAAUGAUGAACUUUGGGUAGAGCUCCGUCAUCAACACAUCGCUGUUGUUUCACAGCAGGUAAACAAGCAACUGAAGCAGUUUAAACAGGAAAAGCGACUGAAGGACUCUGAGGGCGGAAAGGCCAACAUGAGAGAUGUGUCACAAAUGAUCAAAAAGAUGCCCCAGUAUCAGAAGGAACUGAGCAAGUACUCCACCCACCUACAUCUGGCUGAGGACUGUAUGAGAAUCUACCAGAAACAUGUCGACAAGCUUUGUAAAGUCGAACAGGACCUGGCCAUGGGUACAGAUGCUGAGGGAGAAAAGAUCAAGGACCACAUGAGGAAUAUUGUACCUAUCCUGCUGGACCAGAAUAUUGCAGCCUAUGACAAGAUCCGUAUCAUCCUCCUCUACAUCAUCCACAAAGGAGGAAUUUCAGAGGAGAACUUGGCAAAACUGGGACAGCAUGCACAGAUCCCACCAGAGGAGACCUGCAUUAUCACAAACACACAGCACCUUGGGGUUCCAAUCAUACAGGAUGCAGCUGGUAACAAGUCCUUUAGCGUUGGACUGCUAGAAGAUGCUAGCUAUGGCACUUUUCAGUCCAUAGCACAGGGUGGGAGGAAGAAACCAUCUCAGCCAUAUCACUCCACCAACAGACGGGAACGAAAUGAGAACACCUACCAAGUGUCACGUUGGUCGCCCUUUAUCAAGGACAUCAUGGAGGAUGCAACAGAGGAGAAACUUGAUACCCGUGCCUUCCCAUUCCUGUCCGGAGGGGUUCAAAGGUCAAGUGGGAUGAGAAAACCACCAAUCAGCGCACGAUAUGGUCACUGGCACAAAGAUAAAACUCAGGCGAGCUACAAGAGUGGACCAAGACUUAUCAUCUUCAUCAUGGGCGGCCUUUCAUAUGCUGAGAUGAGAUGUGCCUACGAGGUUACCCAGGCAUGUAAAAACUGGGAGGUUCUCGGUUGGAUCAACACACAUACUGACUCCGGAAGGUUUCCUCAGCGACCUCAAGACUCUGACAACGUAGACAUUUCACCAAUGCAGACACAUUGACAGAACAGUCAAAACAAAUCUUGUUGACAAUCAUCAAGUGAGUUCUGUGACAAUGUCGCACCAUAAAUGGCAUGAUCUCCCAAAAUAAAGGUAGAUGGUAGUCCACUUGAGUACCUGAUAGCGUGUCUGCACUUCAUCUACACGAGAGUGUUUAUGUGGCCAUGUAUGGAGAAACUUGGGUCUAGUGAACACCGACCAUUCUAUAUUAGAGUUAGGUAUACAGUGUACAAGUUAUUUAAACUUUUCCCUAAUUCAUCCAGGCUUUGGAACAGUCGUUCAUAGUAGAUGAAUAUUAUACACAUAUUGUGAGAUGAUUUAUUUGUUUGCCUGACAGACAGUUGAUGGGUGUUUCAUACACAUGCUUUAUGUAGCUCAUGGUAUGUACAAAAUGGUAGUGAUAUUAUUUUGUUAUUAUAAAAGGUAAACCACUUCCUGGUCAUUAUUUGAGGCCAGUGAUUGUUGACAGUGUACAUGUUGGCUACAAUGAAGGGUUUACAUAAAGAGCUAGUCAAAUAAAUGUAAUUCAAAAAACACCUUACGAUUGAAAUUCCAAUUGGUUUCUUGAUUGUAUUAUUUACCAUUUUAACAUAUUUAUUUACACAUUUUCGUUCUUUGUGUAUCUUAAUCUGCACUAAUGCGAAUUCUUUUUUUUCAAUCAGCAAAACCAAACAGCCUCAAAAUGUAUGAUUUAUGAUGUUUAAGGAAUAAGACUACUCACUUACCAAAGCUUUGGAUUAGGAAAGCUAAGUUGAUGAAGGAAGGAAUUAGACUUUAGAUCGUAUUAAUGACAGAAUUUGAAUUUCAAAAACCUUGAAAAACUGCUAGGUUAACAGAUAAGGAAACUGAAGGUCAUAUAUAGGUCAACAGGAAGAAAGAUGCUAACACCUUCAAUACGUCAAUCUGUGGUUUUGUUAAACUGCUGUAAAGUUUUAGAUGAUAUUAGCUUCCAAAGACUUGUUUUAUUUAUUGAUGUGAUAGGGCCUGCUUUUAAAGUGUAUGAGGGUAUGUGUGGGUGUGUGAUGUGAAAGCCAUGCUAGAUUGAACGUUUUGUUACCCUGUUAUUUGUAGUUAGAGUAGACAUCCAUUUUUUACUGUAGUGAGAUGGCAGUACAUAAUAGAAUUAUGUAAUUAAUUUUUUACACAAUGUGGAUGCAUUAAAUCGGCAUACUAGAUGUUGUGGUUGUUUGAUGAAGUGCUAUAUGGUUGACAUACCAUAUCGGGGCAAAGAGCACCGCUGUUUACACUUGUAUAUAUUUUCUAUCUGUACCUGAUCUGUGCUUGUGUGGUACUUGCCUUUAAAAGGUUUAUCAACACCCUUGUAUAUGUGCUUGUGUGGACCAUUUCAACCUGAUUCAUACUCUACAGCUGAAAUAAGGAUAGUCUGAAUUUGUAUUGUCUACAAUAUAGGAUAACAUUGCUUACUAAAAGAUUUCUUUCAGAAAAUACUUUUCAUCGUAUCAAUUGCAAACGGUAUACUUAGUAGAUUUUUCUUGUUAUAGAAAAUGGUUGAAAUUUAUUGUUCAAUAGAUAUUAUGAAAGUUAAUUUGUAAUUUAUCAUUCCAUGUGUUAAUGUUUCUGUGACCAAGUGGACUCCACUAAAAAAUAAGUGUUCAGUUAUCUGUAGGUGACCAAUUCCUGUACACCUUCAGUUAUCUGUAGGUGACCAAGUCAUGGAUACCUUCAGUUAUCUGUAGGUGACCAAUUCGUGGACAUGCUCAGUUAUCUGUAGGUGACCAAUUCGUGGACACCUUCAGUUAUCUGUAGGUGACCAAUUCGUGGACACCUUCAGUUAUCUGUAGGUGACCAAUUCGUGGACACCUUCAGUUAUCUGUAGGUGACCAAUUCGUGGACACCUUCAGUUAUCUGUAGGUGACCAAUUCGUGGACACCUUCAGUUAUCUGUAGGUGACCAAUUCGUGGACAUGCUCAGUUAUCUGUAGGUGACCAAUUCGUGGACAACUUCAGUUAUCUGUAGGUGACCAAUUGGUGGACACCUUCAGUUAUCUGUAGGUGACCAAUUCGUGGACAUGCUCAGUUAUCUGUAGGUUAGAGAUUUUGCACAAGUGUUCAUUUGUGUUUGUUAUUUUAUCAGAUGAGAAAAUCUGCCAAAAAAAGCAUUUGUACUGUCAUCUUGUCACUAGUUUACGAUCAUGUAUUUAUCAUCCAACUGAUGGUCAGUGAACAUGAUAUGUAUACAUUUUUUAUAGUGGUAGAUCAUUAUCAUGAAAAUUGCAAAAAUCUUACUCAGAAAAAUCUAUCAAAAGCAGUUUCAUUGAGCACAGAAAAAAUGAAAUAUUUCAGAUGAAGAGGCCUAGAUUAUGGGAUUUGGCUUUUUAUUACAUCUAAUUCUUUACCAUUUUACUAUAGUUCAGUACGAGACUUUCUGUAUGUAUAUUAACUAUUGUUAUUAGCUUAUCAUAAUUUAUCAGUCCACCUAGAUGGUUUUUUUACCUCCCAUUUAAUAUCUAGUUUUGACAUAUUCAUGUACAGUAGUUGUAAAUCACUAUAUAAUGUAUUUACAUGACUUGUAUUUGUAAAAAAUGUGUUCUUCUAGACUUCUUUAAUAGAUAUCAUAUAUAUUAUAUAUAUAUGUCUGUGUGUGUAUAUUGAAACUGGAGAAUAUGGCUCCAGAAUAGGACUUCUGGUAUCAUAUAUAUCUGUGUUGUUGUUUACAUUCAGAAGCACAGUAAUCCAUACAGAUAAAAAGGUCAUGUGCUACUGAAUUUAUUUUAUUGCGAAUAUAUUUUCUGUCUCUCUGUAUCCAAACCCUCUUCGUCAGUCCUUCCCUGUGCUCUUUCCUACUUUUCUUUCUCCAGUCAACCUUAUGAACUGCCCUCCUCCACACGCCCAUUGUAGAUAGAUUAUGUGGAGAGAUAUUGUGCAAUAGUUUGUAUGUAUUGCCGCCUACACAAACUGAGGUCUUCUCAGGCCCCUUGACUGUUAGACUGUGUUAUUGUUACAUAAUUGUCAUUGUGCAUUAGGAUCAAUUUGCUUUGUCUUAUAAUAGGAAACCUGGGUCCUAACCAACCCAGCUAGAAAUAUUGAAUUAAAAACUAAGAAACAAAAAAUAUUUCAAAAAUAAAUUUUGGAGAUUUGGUGUGGAAUAUGUUUUUUCAUGUAAACUGGUCAUGUGGUUUCUUUAAAAAUAAAUCUGACUUCUUGAAAAAGACAAGUCGGAGAGGUGACUUCAUAGUAAGUAAGAUCAUCAUAACAACCAAUUUAUGAACUAAACAACAACAAAAAGAGAAAUGUUACAUUUACAUUUGCUUUGUGCCAUGCAUGAAUCUUACUUAAUUGAUUUUAGGAAUAAUAUAAUAAUAUAUCAUAAUUAUAUAGAAUUGUCGAUGUAUUUUUAGCUCCCCCGAGCAUAUGUCGUGGUGUCAUCUGUUGUCAGUCAGUAAAAAAAAUCCCUUAAAACACUACUCGUUCAGAAUGCCAGGAUUGAUUUUGACCAAUUUUUUAAUGUAUUUUUGGUUGAAGGAUACUCAGUUUUUGUUACGACAAAGGACCCUGUCUCCAGAGGGACAGAGAGGUGGGAAUCAAAAGCAGAAAUAUUGAUAUAAAUCAAUUUCUCUAUUAUAAAGGGAUCUUUUAAUGAAGGUUACUAAAAUCAUGUUUGGAUCUGUUAUGUAACAGAUGUUGUCAUACAUUACUGACAGACAAAUAGCAAAGUGGAAAAUCUUUAUGUGUACUAUGAACAAAAAUGUUUUGACACGAUUGCCGAAAUAACAAGGUGAGCGAUGCAGGCCCGGUAGACCUCUUGUUUACAUUUUAAAUGACUUAUGAUUUAUAAGAUAUAUAUGAUAUUCCUUGCUAGCAGUAGUCCUGGAUAACUCCAACAAACUAAGCUGGAUGUUAUACCAGUCAACAGAAUCAUUCUGUUCUACAUGCGAGUACACAGUGUAUUACAGAGUAAAAUUUUGCAGUAUUUUUCACUCUCAUUUUUAUGCUAAGACCUUUUCCAGGUCUUCAGCAUUAUUUGAUUUGUAUUUUGAUGUAUGGAAAUAUAUCAUGUGAUGUGAUAAGCUAAUUUUGUUAAUGAAUAUGCAAAUGUUGCUUCAUAACAUUCUAUAUAGGUCGUUAUUUGUGUCGAUCAAACUUAUUUCUGUUUCUCAGAUUAAAUGUAAAAUUAAUA